AUGUGUCUAUCCAGAAGUGGAGGGCUGCCUCUUGGUUAUCUUAACCAACUGGAGCGACGACUCGCCGAGACGGAAGCCGCCCUUUAUGGUGCCCUUGUGACCCUGCGCGAGAUGCAACCUACAAGUGUGAUCCAAGCCUCCGCCAAGCAGGACUCGGCGGCAAAGUCAGCGCGUAUGAAUGAAUGGUCUCGUCUUCCCUUGCGUAAUUGGUCCGAUAUGGAGCGUUGGCAAAUCGCUGUAUCUGAUCAUUUUAGCCUGGAGCAGAUCUCUGCGGAGACCCCAAACACCAACAGUUCUAGCACAAACGCAGGCCCUGGCCCGCUCCAUAGUACUCUUGGUGACGUGGUGGCAUCGGGGACGGAGAUGGAGUCGUCGAUGCAUCCUCGGGAGUCAGUCGUGAUGCCCGGGCCCACCUCGUCCCGCAUAGAAGCUCAUGGGGUUUUGGCAGCGGAUCAAUUUGGUCAUGAGUCUGAUGUCACCAGGCAAUCUACGCGGGCGGAGGAACUGUCCAGGAGUAGUACUUUAUACUUUUAG